AUGCUGCCAUUACAACAGGAUGCAGAUGUAAUUGGUAGGGCCACGAAUGCGUGGGCUCUCGUAUCGGUUCUCUGCACUCAACCAAACGAACUUUUCAACGACGACGAUCCAACAUGCUCAUUCAACUUAGCUGCAGUAGCUCAACAACAUCCGACUGUCGUUGCUCGAACCCUCCUAUACAUUGCCAUCUGCAUUCAACAGCUUCCUCCCGAUUUUGGUAUGACACAGUUGCACAUCUCGGACGUCGAUGCAGUUCUGGUUCAAUAUAUGUCUACUGUCGUAACUCUGGUAACGUCUGAUGACGAUCUCGUGUGCAGAAUGGAAGGCCUGGAGUGUCUUCUUCUUCUGGGUCUCUUCCACAUCAAUGCCGGAAACCUGCGACGGGCCUGGUUAUCAUUUCGGAGGGCAUUGAACGUUGCACAGCUCAUGGGGUUCCAUACUGAUUCGAGCAACCCGCCGCUGGGACCCAGUGCAACCUCAUCGCUUCCGAAAAGACAAAUGUGGGACCAGAUAAUCAUGGCCGACCGCUACCUCGGAGUGAUUCUUGGACUGCCCUGCGGUGCAGAAGAUGGUUGUACGGGGCCGGACGGUGCUCCGAAUGAACCAAAUAUUGACCUCGACUGGCUUUUCACCCGGAGAGUAUCCAUCAUAGCGGGCCGUAUAAUCAAGCGCAACCAAGGAGGAUCCACUCGUAAUUUUGUCGCCACCCAAGUAAUUGACGAAGAGCUGGAGAGCCUAGCAAAGGAAAUGCCACAAUCAUGGUGGGCCAUCCCGCAGCUUGUUGGAGCACAGCGCUCCGUUGAAGUUGGUGAGCAGUUCGACCGUCUUCUUCUACAGCUGUGGUAUUACCAGCUCGCGACGCUGGUCCAUCUUCCGUUCAUGCUCCGCGCAGCAACAGAACGCCGAUGCGAAUACAGUAAAUUCUGCUGUCUGAAAGCUUCACGACAGUUGAUCCUUCGAUACCUGGCCUUGAGGCGCGCCAACAACACACAGCUUUGCUGCCGAGUCGCAGAUUUCGCCGCCUUUACUGCAACUGUCAUACUAGUCAUUGGCUCAGUGAACUCCUCUCUAGGCACGGAGAGCCUCGAAGCCCAACAGCAGAGAGAAGAAGACAAGACUAUGAUUCUGCAAGUGGUGACCUCAAUGGAGACAUUGUCGGCCAACAAAAGAGAGCAAGUAGCUGCGCAAAGCGUUGAUGUGAUCAAAACUCUCCUUCUUACGGAUGACCCUGCAGGGCGGACUGUUGGGGACUUGCGUGUCACAAUACCCCAUUUCGGUACUAUCAGCAUUGAUCACAAUCUUGUCACUCUUGAAACCUUGGACGAGAGGAUGCCCAUAGCCGUGCAGCAACAGCAUCAGGCUGCGACUGGCACCGUCGUAGACGCACAGAAUUGGCAUUCCCCACCGGUAGAUCAGAGUACUGUCAGACCACCAGUCAUCCCCUUUCCGAACAGCCAGCUCCCAUCGCUGGGCCUGGAGGCACUGAUGGGAGGUUGGGAAGGGACGGGUACGGAAUCGGUUUUCUUCGAUAGCCUGCUUUACACAGAUCUAAAUGGUGAUUGGAUAUGA